AUGGAACAAGAAGAUAAUCAGGGUGUGUGUGAACACCAGGACUCAGAAGACAAGGGGAUGGGCUCUGAUUUUGAGAACUCUGAGGACAGGGAAGAGGAACGAGAAGAAAGAGAAAUGGGCUCUAAUCUGCUGAAUGCAGACAAAAGAGAAGGCCACCUGGAGCAAGAGAUGUGCUCUAACCCACAGGAUGAAGCUCUAAGACGAAGCUUGGAAGAGAGGGAAGUAGUGCCCAACAUCUGCACAGAGGCACUGCUGAGUGAGGAAGAAGACGCUCAACCUGGUGGAGCUGACUUGGCGAUGUUUCCAGGACUGUCUGAGUCCGACAGCAUAUCCCGGACACCCCGGGAAGAGGAGGAGAGUGCCGGGGAGAACCAGCUGGAGGAGGAAGAGGAGCGGCCACCCGCUCCCGUACUUCCCUGGAGGAGGCACCUCUCCCUGGGGAGUCGGCACCGGAGUGACAAGCCUGCCCGCCGCCGCUUCCACCGGCUCCACCACCCCAUGGCCGUGGACCUCGGGGAGCUCGACAGCCUGGUGGCCAGCAUCAUGGACGCACCCACCAUCUGCCCCGACUGCGGGGAGAGCUUCAGCCCGGGCGCCGCCUUCCUGCAGCACCAGCGCAUUCACCGCCUGGCGGAGGCCGCCGCCGUGGCCAGCCUGGAGCCCUUCGGCUUCGCGGGCGAGUGCGGCGCGGUGGUGGGGAUGAUGGGGGUGGGCGUGGCGGGGGGCUUCGGGGCGGGGCCCGCGCUGGCCCGGCCCCCGCGCGAGAAGCCCUUCCGCUGCGGGGAGUGCGGCAAGGGCUUCAGCCGCAACACCUACCUGACCAACCACCUGCGCCUGCACACGGGCGAGCGGCCCAACCUGUGCGGCGACUGCGGCAAGAGCUUCAGCUGGCGCGCCGACCUGCUCAAGCACCGGCGCCUGCACACGGGCGAGAAGCCCUACCCGUGCCCCGAGUGCGGCGAGGCCUUCAGCCUCAGCUCGCACCUGCUGAGCCACCGGCGCGCGCACGCGGCGGCCAGCGGCGCGGGGGCGGCGGCGCUGCGGCCCUUCGCCUGCGGGGAGUGCGGCAAGGGCUUCGUGCGCCGCUCGCACCUGGCCAACCACCAGCGCAUCCACACGGGCGAGAAGCCGCACGGCUGCGGCGAGUGCGGCAAGCGCUUCAGCUGGCGCUCGGACCUGGUGAAGCACCAGCGCGUGCACACGGGCGAGAAGCCCUACAUGUGCUCCGAGUGCGGCGAGACCUUCAGCGUGAGCUCGCACCUCUUCACGCACAAGCGCACGCACUCGGGCGAGCGGCCCUACGUGUGCCGCGAGUGCGGCAAGGGCUUCGGGCGCAACUCGCACCUCGUGAACCACUUGCGCGUGCACACGGGCGAGAAGCCCUUCCGCUGCGGCCAGUGCGAGAAGCGCUUCAGCGACUUCUCCACGCUCACGCAGCACCAGCGCACGCACACGGGCGAGAAGCCCUACACGUGCAUCGAGUGCGGCAAGAGCUUCAUCCAGAGCUCGCACCUCAUCCGCCACCGCCGCAUCCACACCGGCAACAAGCCUCACAAGUGCGCCGGCUGCGGCAAAGGCUUCCGCUACAAAACGCACCUCGCGCAGCACCAGAAGCUGCACCUGUGCUAG